GACAAAAGCAAUUGGCACCAAACUGGAACCACCAUUAAUCACGAAGACGACUGCCAUUAGAUCGAACCGAGCCAAAUCGAGAGAUAGUGUCUCCAAUGGUGAUUGGGCCUUGUGGGUGGUUGUGAUUCGUGUGGAGAGUCAGUGGGGAACAAGGACCGAGUGGACCAGAUGGACAAGAACAAGAACCGUACCGAUCUGCUCGCCGCAGGCCGCAAAAAGCUUCAACAAUUUCGUCAGAAAAAGGACAGUAAGGGCAGUGUCACCCAUGGAAAAUCCUCAAAAAAAUUUGGUAAAUCUGAGCAGCAUGAAGCUGAUGCUGAUGCUGAUGCAUCUUCCACUACUCCUAUACCAACAGCAUCAUCUCAGGUUACUGAAAGGAAAAUUGCACCUCAUGAUGCUCCAGAUCUGGCAGUUGUUGAUUCAUCAGUACCACAAUCAAUGGGGGUUGGUGAGCCUAAUACGUCCUUGAUGCAUUUGAGGGAAGAUCAGGAAGCUGAUGGUUUGGAUUUGAGGCAAAUUGAUCGAAGCAAUGGAACAAAGCUUGAAGGAGACGGGCACCUUCCUAUGUCUGAGCAUGGUGAAAGUUCUGAAACUCUUUCAAGGAUGGCUUCAGUAGAGACUUGUGUGGAGGAGGCAUCCUGUGAAGCGGAGCAAACUGGUAAGUCAGGAGAAGUGUCUGCAUCUGGCGGUGCAACCUUGUCAGAUGGAUUUUCAGCUUCUGUUUUGGCUUUACACGGGGCAGAUCGAAACAAUGAAAUAGAUCUUGAAGGUGACAGGCCGCUUCCUUUGUCUGAGCAUGGUGAAAUUGCUGAAACUCUUUCAAGAAUAGCUUCACUAGAGACUAGUAUGGAGGAGGCAUCCCAUGAAAUGGUGCAAAUUGGUGAGUCAGGAGAGGUAUCUGCAUCUGAUGGUGGGACCUUGUCAGCUGGAUUUUCAGCUUCUGUUUUGCCUUUGAACGAGGCAGAUCGAAGCAGUGAGGUAGAGCUUGAAGGAUAUAAGCAGCUUACUUUGUCUGAGCAUGAUGAAAGUGCUGAAACUCUUUCAAGGAUACCUUCUGUAGAGAUUAGUGCGAAGGAGGCAUCUAUUGAAGCAGAGCAAAUGGGCGAGUCAGGAGAAGUAUGUGCAUCUGACAGUGUGACCUUGUCAGCUGGAUUUUCAGCCUCUGUUUUGGAUUUGAACAAGGCAGAUCGAAGUAGUGAAAUAGAGGCUGAAGGAGACAGGCAGCUUCCUUUUUCUGAGCAUGGUGAAACUGCUGAAACUCUUCCAAAGAUUGUUUCAGUAGAGACUAGUAUGGAGGAGGCAUCUCAUGAAUCAGUAGAAGUACCUGCAUCUGGUGAUGCGACCCUGUCAGAUGGAUUUUCAGCUUCUGUUUUUACUUUGAACGAGGAAGAUGGGAUUUCAGCUGUUAAUCCUGCCAUGACGAAUCGGCAAAGAGAAGAAAUAGUGCCAGGUUCAUCUUAUGAAGAAAACUCUGACAUGCUUUUUCAGUCUGGUGACUAUGGACAAGGCAGGGAAGAAAAGGCUCAGGCUGUUACUGAUGGGAGGACAGCUGCAGAAGGAUAUGAUCUACAAUAUUUGCCAGAUGGAUUGUUUACACGUGAGAGUAAAAUCCUUGAAAGACCUUUUGAAACUGAAAUGGCAAGUUCGGCUGGAGCACAAACUGUGUCUCCUGUUGCAGAUGCGAGCGCAAUCAGUCUCUCUCAGCUCAAGGAAGUGAUAAGCAGACUUAAUGAGGAAGAAUUUAGGUUUUUGCUCAAGUCAAGAGAAUCAGUUUCUAAUGCAGAGUUGGGGACCUGUAGUUUGAUUUUUGCAGAAAGUGGAUUUAUGGAUUUACUGCAGAGACUCAAAGAAGAAUUAUUUCUCACACAUUUUACAAAAGAUUUCUUUCACUUGCAACUUGCUGAACAGUCUGAGCAACAAAUGGAGUUAGAUCAUCAGUGUCAUCAGUUGGUUGAUGAAAUAUCUCUGCUGAAUGCUUCACUUGAUGAAUUUCGUGAGAAGAAUCAAUUCCUUGCUGAAGAGUUUGCACAGUGCAGAUCUGAACUUCAGGUUGUUACUAGUGGUAGGGUGGAGCUCGAAGACCAAUUUCGUAUAGCAAAGGCAGAGGUUGAGGACUUAUCUUCUAGAGCAUGUGGUUUGCAGAGUAGUUUGGAAAGGUCAGAAAGGGAUUUGUUGAGCCUGUCAACAGAGUUGGCUGACUGCAAGAGCUUGGUGGCAGAUUUACAGGUGGAAAAUACGAAUUUGGAUGGGACCGUUGUGUCUGUGACUGAAGAAAGAAAGAAACUUGUGGAGGAAAAAGAGUUUUUAUUCCAUGAGAAUGUGAAGCUCUCAAAAGAGUUAGCUGACAGCAAGAAUGUGGCAGCAGCUCUACAGUUUGAAAAUUCCAACUUAAUUGGAAGUCUGUCUUCAGUGACAGUGGAGAGAAAGAAGCUUGAAGAGGAAAAGGAGCAUCAUUCCCUUGAGAAUGAGAAACUAUCAAUAGAAUUGGCUGACUGUAAGGGUUUGGUGGCAGCUUUACAGGUAGAAAAUACCAACUUAAAUGGGAAUAUUGCUUUGGUAACUCAGCCAAAAAGCAAACUUGAAGAGGAUAAGGAAUAUCUAAAUCUUGAAAAUGAGACACUUACAUCCAAGCUUCUUGCUCUUCAAGAGCAGUUAUCUGCAGAACAUGGGGAACGAAAGAAGUUUGAAGUUGACCUGAAGGAAAUGACAAUGCAGCUUGAACAACUCACUGAGGAAAAUUUUCAUCUUCAUAGCAGUCUGGUCAUAUUCAAAGCUACAAUAAGAGAGAUAGCUAGCUGGCAAACCCAAAUACCCUGUCAAGCUGGGGAAGCUGGUAAUGAAAUAAGUCUGGAAGUACGAAGUAGAGGCCAUGAAAGUGGAGCAGAUUAUGAUUCUCACCAGAUUCGUAGGAAGCAAGAUGGUGAAGUUUAUUCUCCUGUGUUGGAGAAGCCCGUAUCUGACGGCCUUGCAGUAGAACCACCACUCGAACAGGAAGUCUCUGAUGAUUCUUAUAGCUUUUUUGCCUUAAAGAGACAUGUGGAGGAGGCAGAGAAAAUAUUGCACAAACUUGAAAAGGCAGUUGAGGGGGUGCAUUCUCAUGCAGCCUCCUUUAGCAGGUCAGCUGGUAAAGGUUCCACACCUGGGGUAUCGAAACUGAUUCAAGCCUUUGAGUCAAAGGUGCAUGUUGAUGAAAAUGAGGCAGAGGAGAGGGCUUUGACUGAAAAUCAAUCUCCAGCAGAUCCAUUCAUGGUAACAAAAGAGCAAACUGGAAUUUUGAGAGCAUUGCUUAAGCAGUUAGUACUGGAAGCUGAGCAUGCCACUGUACUGCUUAAGGAAGAGCGAGAUCAGAGGAAUAUUGCUGAUGUCAUAUUCAGGGAGCUUAGGGAUGAACAUGAAGCUGUAAAGGAACACAGCGACAAUUUGGAAGCAGCCAAUAUUGAGCUUGGGGUUUUGUAUGAAGCUUUAAAGCAACAUGUUGGCUACAUUGAAGCAAGGAAUGGUGAGCUUGGGGUUCUCUAUGAAUCCUUAAAGCAACAAGACAUUAAUCUCAAAGCAGAAAACAGUGAGCUUGGUGAAAAGUUACGAGGGUACCAAUUGAGAAUCAGUGAAUUGCAGAGUCAAUUGUAUGAUUUACAGCAGGGUUCAAAUGAGGCGACUUCUGUCAUCAGCAAUCAGUUAGAAAAUUUACAGAAAGAAGUGGCUGAGAGGGUAUUGUUACUUGAGCAAGAUUGGAAUUCUACUGUUGCUCAGAUUCUUGAAAUUGUUGGGAAGCUUGAUGACUCAAUUGGGGAAUUUUUCCCCUCUACCAUCUCAAUUGGCACUCAUGGUGGCUUGGAUAUAAGCAGCCGCGUUGCUGCUUCUGUUAAUGCUGCCACCAAAGUGAUUGAGGCUCUGCAGGGGGAACUCCAAGCUGCUCAGACAAACCAUGAAGCAAUCUGUACUUCGUACAAAGAAUUGAAUGAGAAAUGUGAUGAUUUGCAUGGAAAGAAUGAAUUGGCAAAUGGUAUAUUGCAUAAGAUGCAAGGUAGACUGAUGGAACUUGUCAUCAGUUCAUGUGGAUCUGGGGAGGAAAGUGAGAGAAACAUACCAAUUGAGAAGGUGCUUGAUCCUUUAGAUGAUAGUAAAUACAUGACCCUAUUGGGACAAAUGGAGAAUUCUUUAGAUGAGAAGCGGCAACUUGAGUCUGUUAACAAUAAACUCACUGCUGAGUUGAUUAAUAGAGUAGAAGAAUUUGAGGAACUGAAGAGAAGAUGCCUUGAUCCUAAUACUGUUCAUAAGUUAAUUGAAGAUGUUGGAAGUGUGCUAAAACUGGAAGAAGCUGAUAUUAACUUGGAUAGAACACCUGCUUUGCAUUUGGAGUUGUUGGUGUCUCUUCUUGUUCAGAAAUUUAAAGCGGCCGAUGUGGAGGUUGGCUUGUCCAAAGAAAAGUUUGCAUCUAAGGUGAUGGAAAUGACUGAAUUGCAGGAUAAGAUCCAUCAGUUAGAAGCCUCGACCUUUGAGCAUGAAAACGAAAUCCUUAUUCUUAAGGACAGUUUGCGCCUGUUGGAGGAAGCCCUAAUUGCUGCACGUUCUGAGUUACGAGACAAAAUAAGUGAACUUGAACAGACGGAGCAGCGGGUAUCUUCUAUUAGAGAGAAACUUAGCAUAGCUGUUGCCAAGGGGAAAGGCUUGGUUGUGCAGCGAGAUGGUCUCAAGCAGUCCCUGGCUGAGACUUCUAGCGAACUGGAGAGAUGCUUGCAAGAGCUACAGUUGAAAGACUCUAAAAUCCAAGAAGUUGAAACCAAACUUAAGACCUACUCAGAAGCAGGUGAGCGCGUGGAAGCUCUGGAAUCUGAGCUUUCAUACAUUCGCAACUCAGCAACUGCAUUAAGAGAAUCAUUCCUUCUUAAAGAUUCUGUCCUUCAGAGAAUAGAAGAGAUUUUAGAGGACCUAGAUUUGCCAGAGCAUUUUCAUUCAAGAGAUAUAAUUGAAAAGAUUGAUUGGUUGGCAAGGGCAGCUGCUGGAAACUCUGUGCCGCUGCUAGAAGAGAUUGGUUGGCAAGGUGAGAAGAGUUCUGCAGGAGGCGGUUCAUAUUCUGAUGCUGCUUUUGUUGUUUCAGAUGCUUGGAAAGACGAUGUACAGCCAAGCUCAAGUUCAGGGGAUGAUUUGAGAAGAAAGUUUGAGGAGCUUCAAAAUAGGUUAUAUGGGUUGGCUGAACAAAAUGAAAUGCUCGAACAAUCAUUAAUGGAGAGGAACAACUUAGUGCAGAGGUUGGAAGAACUUCUGGACAGGAUUGAUAUGCCUUUGCCUUUCCGGUCUGUGGAACCAGAGGAUAGGAUUGAGUGGUUAGGAAAAGCACUUUCGGAAGCUCAACAUGAUAGAAAUUCGUUCCAGCAGAAGAUUGAUAAUUUUGAAAACUAUUGUGGAUCGUUAAGUGCUGAUUUGGAAGACUCACAACAUAGAGUAUCUGACCUUGAGGCAGACCUCGAAGCAGUUACCCAAGAGAGAGAGCACCUGUCUGAAAGAUUGGAGAUUCUGACUAAUGAACAUGAAAAACUUUCAUCUAAGACAGCUGAGUUUGAACUUGAGAAGAAAAGGCUUCAGAAUGAAGUUGAUGGUUUGAAGGAGAAGUUGAUUGAGAAGCUUGGUAAUGAGGAGCAAAUUGCCAGCAUAGAAGGCAAAAUAAGAAGAUUGCAGGAUUUGGUUAGUGAUGCUUUGCAAGAAUCUGGACCAAAAGAUCUGGUUUCUGGUAGUGAUAUCCAUUGCCUGGAGGAAUUAUUGAGGAAGCUUAUAGAGAAUUAUGGAAUUCUUUCUUCAAUGAAUCCUGUGCUUGGGGAUGUGGCUGACAGACAGCAUGCUGAAAAUGCCGAUGCUACACUUGCUGAAGCAAGAAGCAUAGAUACACUUGAUUCCAGGGAACCAAAUAUAGCUGUUCUGAAGAAAGAACUAGAGGAGGCCAUGUGUGAGUUGGUGCAUGAGAGGGAGGAGAAGGAUAGAUAUAUGGACAAGCAGCAAUCUUUGGUUUGUGAAGUUGAAGCUCUCAGUAGAAAAAGAGAUGAGUUGCAAGAGUUACUCAGUCAGGAAGAGCAGAAGUCAGCUUCUGUGAGAGAGAAGUUUAGUGUUGCAGUUAGGAAAGGAAAGUCACUGUUGCAACAGCGGGACGGUCUGAAGCAAACCAUCGAAGAAAAGAAUACUGAAGUGGAACAUUUGAAAUCUGAGAUUACCCACCGGGAAAAUGCUCUUGCAGAGUAUGAACAGAAGUUCAGGGAUUUAUCCACUUUUCCAGGAAGGGUGGAAGUCCUAGAAUCUGAAUGUUUAGUAUUGAGGAAUCAAUUAACAGAAGCGGAGCACUAUUUGCAGGAGAAAGGACAUGUUUUGAGCAUGCUUUUAAAUACUUUAAAUGGCAUUGAUGUUGGCGAUGAUGUCAGCAGUGGUGACUCAGUUGAGAGGUUGGAACUACUUGGGAAACUAUUCAGUGAUUUGCGGUCAGCUGUGGCUUGUUCAGACCAGGAGUUGAGGAAAUCUAAAAGAGCAGCAGAGCUGCUCCUUGCAGAGCUGAAUGAGGUUCAAGAGAGAAAUGAUGUUCUCCAAGAAGAGCUAGCAAAAGCUGCCAAUGAAGUUGCAGAGCUUACCAAGGAAAGAGAUUUGGCAGAGGCUGCCAAGCUUGAAGCUAUUUCACGGCUUGAAAAGUUAUCUACUGUUCGUUCUGAGGAAAGAAAGAACCAAUUAUCU